CCAUACAAUAUGGCUGAGAAAGAGACAGAUGCGCAGACUUACGCGAAAGCUUUGACAAGUUUUGUUGAAAAUGGAAAAGCACUAUUGGAACUCGCUGAACAGGAGAGCAAAGAGGGACUUCUGCAAGACUACAUCAGGAAGAAGAUCCGUAUUGAACUGAACCAAUCACUACUGGGACUUAUUCCAGCAGGGGCAAGGUUAUUCACAAGCAUGUCAGUGAAGAAGAAAAAGGACGCUGAUGAACUAUGGAAGAGAAGCUACCAAUGUGCUGAAAUGCAGGAUGCUGUUGAGGACUUCUUGCAGCUGGGAGUGCAGUGGGAUAGUUUUCUGGAGUACUUGGACAAAGAGCUACAUCUGGGUGAUAGAAUCUUUGGUCAAGAGCCACAAGUAAAAUGCCUGUCGCAUGACAUACCCCUCAUUGAUGCCCAGACUGGAGCAACUCUGACGUUAGGGAAGUACCUUGGGAGAGGUGAGAAAGUGCUACUUGUGUUGAUCCGUCAGUUCUCCUGCCUCCUCUGUCGAAUCCAUCUGAAAGAUCUGGAGGCCCAUAAGAUUGCCCUGGAUGCAUGUUCAGUGAAAGUGGUGGUGGUGUCAUUUGGUUGCAGAGAGGGGGCAUUGCAUUGGCUGGCGGAGACAGGUUGCCAGUAUGACAUGGUGUUAGACCCACAAAGGAAGGUGUACAGCGCUUUUGGCUUGAGAGCAUCUCUAAAGAAAGUGUUGAACUUCAACAACAUGCUCCUCUACGCUGAAUAAGUUGUGGCAAACCUGGAGUUUCCAAGAGGUCUGCCGUCUAUAGAAGAUGAUAUGUUUCAGCUUGGAGGAGACUUUGUCCUGGAUGACCAGGGGAGGGUGCUGUUCUCUCACUGCUGUGACAGCCCUAUAGACAGACCUGCUAUAGAGGACAUACUGAAAGCCCUAUAGAAUGACCUGCAGUAGAGGACAUGCUGGGUGCCAUUCAGAAGGGAUACCCAAACCUGUCAGGUUCAACAUUAUGUUAAAAAACAAACAAGCAGACCCCAUCUCAUCUGAUACAGAAAUGUCUUUAUCACAGGGAGAUAUCAGCUAUAGACUAUGGCCCUCAAAUUCUUCCCCCAUCUUAUCAGGGACUGAUUUAGACCUGGGACACCAGGUGGGUGAAAUGAAUUAUCAGGUUGUAGAACAGAAAACCAGCAGUACUCCGGUCAACCAUAGGGUAAGAUUUGAAUAACUCUGGACUGAGAUUAUAUUAGCCGCUCUCUUUCAAUAGCUGCUGUACAACUCUGGCACUGGAGACUAUAGUCCAGGGGUAUUCAACCUUGCCCUAUGAGGUUACUUCUGGUUUUCUGUUCUACUAAUUGCACCCACCUGCUGUCCAAGGUCUAAAUAUGUUCCUGAUUAGAGUGGGAAGAAUAAAAAAAACAGUGGAACUGGCUUCAAGUUCCAGAUUUGAAUUUGAAUCAAAUCUUACAUGCUCUAACAGUCUAUUAGAAGACUCUAGCAAAACACUAACAGGUAGUAGCUGAUCAAUCGAGCGAAACCUUAUAUGAUAUUCCCUCAUUUCUUGUGAAUUAUGAUUUUUAUUGGUUUCCAAUGCGAUUUCUUAUUUUUGCUUGCUGUUGUAGACCUUUUUGAAAGGGUUUUGGCUGGCGUAGAUGUCGGUGAUGUAACCAUAUGCUCUAACUUUGAGCUUAGUUCUUCUACAAACUGGGGCUACAAAAUGUGGUACAUAAUAAGGUGCAAGCGUGCAGCACAGUUUUGAUGAUGUUGCUUAAAUUCAUGAUCACAUGUAACCUACAGCACCAGUAACUAAUAUAUUAUUAAAAGGCACUGCAGAAGAGGAGUUCACCUUAUGGACAUUCUUGGAAAGCACCCCAUGUCACUGCAAUAGACACAAAGAGAAAUAGUGUACUAUUAAGUACCAUAACUUGACUUCUUCACUUUCAAAAGGGCUGACUGCAGCAAAGAUGGUGGAUAAAUGGUCACUCAGGCCAUUUACCGUUGUCUACUUAAGGGGGUGGCUUAAUGAUGAUUAUAUGACAUAUAUGUAAUUGUAUAUACAUACAAUAAAAUUACCUAGGUCCAUCAGCUCAACAUUCUCAACACUACACUCUAAUGGACAUUUUGUCAAAUGCAACCAGAAAGACCCCUCAAUUUCAAUGACUGUUUUAUUGUCAUCAGAGUCAAAUACAGCAAAAUAAACGUUUUUAAUUGUG